AUGCUGCUGACAUUCCCUUAUGUCUUCGAGGGCGUUAUCCAAAGUGACCUCAACUACUCAGUGAUCCUGGAGUGCCUGGCUCCUUCUACCACCCCCAAGCCCACGCUGCACUGGACCUUCAACGGGAAGCCCUACAAGAUUGGGACUAUGCUGAUCAUCCGGAGGUUGUCCCUGGAACAUCUGGGCACCUACGUGUGCACGGCCAAGAACAGCCAGGGACAGUGUUCCUCCUAUCCUGUGACCCUCUCGCUGCCACAAGACAACGUGGAUCCCACAGACGCUCAGCCCAUCGAGCCAGACCCCGUUCUCACCGUGUCAGGAGGAGCUGCUAUCGGCCUCCUCGUGGCUGGAAAUAUAGGGGCCAUGAUGCUGAUAGGGGGCAUAAGCCUCACCAUCGUCCAGAGCAUAAGGACUAACAGACAAAGAAUACGGAUAUGCUGCUGAAGUGGGCACUUGUCUGUCAGCCUCAGAGGUGAUGCUGGGAAGGGCAGCAAGAGAAUCCUGGGGCUGGGACAAGAUGAAGUUCCUGGGGGCUCCAGAUGAGACCUCCUCCCUCCUGAUCAUUUGUCUUUGGGAUGUUCUCAUCUUGCUGGGAGUCCCAGAGACUGCCUUUCUCUCCCUCUCCCCAGCUGCCAGUGUCCCACCUGCCCAGCUCACCAAAUGCCUGGAAACCACCUACACAAGCAGUCCAUAUUUCAUAGAAUUUGUGGGCUGAGAGCAAAGGAUACUCACUUAAGUGGGUCAAUAAAAACAAAAGGAGGAAUUUAAUACAAGGAUCCAGGAAGACUUCCAAAACUCCAAGGGUGUAUCAGUUAGCACCUGCUGUGUAACAAACUAUCCCCCACCAAAUUUAAUGGCUUGAAAAGACAGCCAUGGAUUUAGCUUACAAUUCUGCAGGGUUAUCAGUUUGGGCUGGGCUCAGCUGGGCCGUUCUUCUGGUCUCUGCUGGGCCCACUCAUGCACCUGUGAUGAGUUGGCAGUUACCCAGGGGCUGUCUGGACUAGGACAGUUGUCUGGAACAAUUAACCUGUCCUCCACAUCAUCUAUCAUUCAUAGCAGGCCGACCCAAGCUUGUUCACAUGACAGAGGUAGGAUUCCAGGAGUGAGAGCAGAGGGGCAAUGCCUUUUAAGGCCAAGGUUAAG